CUUUAGAAGGAGAAGGGAGGUGAAGUUGAAAUGGGGAAAAGGAGGUCCACUCUGGACUGAUCUUGGACCUUGGACGCAUGGAGGAGGCCGACCAUGCGAGGGACAUGAGGUUUCCGGUGCGCCCUGAAGGCAGCGCAGACCCGGAGACACGCGCGUCCCGUCCCCCUCCUGGACCCCUGCAGGAUGGAGGUCCGAGCAGGAGACCCGCCUGCAAGCCUCCGUAUUCCUACAUCGCCCUGAUCACCAUGGCCAUCCUGCAGAGCCCGGAGAAGAGACUGACCCUCAGCCAGAUCUGUGAYUUCAUCACCCGCCGCUUCGGCUACUACCGGGACCGGUUCCCCGCCUGGCAGAACUCCAUCCGUCACAACCUGUCCUUAAAUGACUGCUUCAUUAAAAUCCCACGGGAGCCCGGGAACCCCGGGAAGGGGAACUACUGGACCCUGGACCCCAUGUCGGCUGACAUGUUCGCWAACGGCAGUUUUCUCCGCAGGAGGAGGCGCUUCAAGCGGCUGCGCUCCUACCUGAAGGAGCGCCGUCCGGUGCCGGGUUCUCCUCCUGCGCUGUUCGGAUCCGGCCUCGACCUGGACUCGGGGAGUUUUCUGGGUCCCCAGGCUUUUCCCGGCAUCCCACCUGUGGGCAGCAUCAUCCCAGCGCUGUCGUCACUCCUCUGCAGGAGGUCCCUGUUCAUGUUGGAGCAUUUGGACCCGGACCGGCGAGCCCUGGUCCAGUCUUUGGCCCCGAACUCUGUCAUGUCUCCUCCYGCGCUGCACGGAAUGAUUCCCGGCUCGUCUGCUGUUCGGUUUCCCCAUCAAACCUUCACCAGUUGAGUUUAAGAUGAACUGAAAAUAUCUGGCACCAAACAUUAAUUUAAUUUUUAUUAUGGUUGAUUCAUUCUUCUGGUUUAUUUCAAUAAGGUCCUAUAAAGGUUUUUGUUUUAUAAUUUAUCCUUAAGAUUGACUAAUUUGAAAAUAUCAAAUGAAACAAAAUCAACAUGUUUUGUUGAUCUGAUAAAAAAAAUAUAAAUAGGCUACAACAUUUAUGACUAAUCACAGCAUGGUCAAUGCUUUAAAAAGGAAGAAACAGCAAUGAAUUAGAGUAAAAAUUAGACAAAAAGCUUUUAUAUUUA